AUGUCCGCGAGCACCCUUCGCAGGGAACUGGACGCGUCGGCGGCAGGGCGGCGAGCGGGCGACGAACGGAGGCGCGCGCAGCAGGCGCCAGAGGUGCAGCACGCUCCCAGCACGUCCGCCGCGGACCGGAGCACGCCCCGGGCCCAGGGCCACGACGCGUCGUCGAGGCGGUACGCGGACGCCACGCAGGGCCCGCUCGUGCGCAGCCUGUCCCACCGCCCGAGCUACGCGUCGACGAUGACGAUCUUCGCGCACCAGGGCCCCGCGCCCGACCGGGCCGGGAACCCCGCGCCGCCCUCGCAGCCGACGGACGGCUCGCGCCAGGUGUGGUCGGAUCGCGGCAGCGGCCGCCCGGGCGUGAACAGCUUCGGCGUGUCGGGCACCGCGCCCGCCAUGCAGCCGCACACCGACAGGAGCCGCCCGAGCUCGGCCCGCAAGGCGCUGGUGUCCGCGCACCACGGCAGCGCGAAGACUGCGGCGUCCUCGGGCGGCGCGGGCGCGCUGCACGUCGUCGAGAACUCGACGCAACUGCGCGAGGCGACGCGCGAGGCCGCCAACGCACCGCCGCUGGCCGCCGCCCGGGAGCAGGCGCGGGAGGACGUCUCCCACCCGACAAACGAUCGUCGCAUCGACGCGGGGCCGCCAGCGAGGAGCACCGCCCCGGGAGCCGCGCCCAGUCCCGCAGAACCCGCACCCUCAGCGGCCGCGCGGCUACACGCGCAGGUGCUCACCUCCGCGGUGCGGAGUCUGACGGGCAGCGGCCGCCCCGAGGGCGACCCGCUGCAUCGUCCCGCGGUCGCGUCGCUCGCCGGACUGGCGCAGCAGCCCGCCGAGGCUGCGCCGCACCGUCUGGCGGCCGCGGAGGACGGCGCCCCGGCGGCGCCUGCGCCCGCGAGCGACGAGGCCCCACCGCUUGCACGAGCGAUCAGCGCGGAGCAGUCCGCGGGUCGGCUGGAGAUCCGCAUCGCGCGGCCGGAUGCGAGCGUGGUGCUGCCGGAGCAAGGGAGGGCGGUCUCCGACGCGGGGAUCGCGGGCGGGCUCGGGCCGGGGCUGCCCCCGUCGCCCGGGCGCGCCCCGUCGACGUUCAACAUCGACGGGGGCUCGCUGCCCCUCGAGAGCCUGGUGUCGGGCACCGUGCGCAGGGACUCGUCCGCGACGAGCCGGCCCGGGACCCCCGGCAACAAGGACAAGUCGCCCUCGGGCAGGGUGCGGCGCACGUCCAGCUCGGUGGGCCGCUCGGCGGGGCGCGGCGGCGGCGCGGGGGCGGCGGAGCGCGCGUCCGCGGAGGCGACCGCGGAGGGCCGGAGCUCCGGGGGCGGCGCGGCGGAGGACGCGGACGCGCCUGGCCCAGAGCGGCCGACAGUGCCGCCGCUGGCCGUGGAGCGGGCGGGGCGCGGGGGGCUGAACGAGCCGGCGACGCAGCGCGCGAACGGGGCGCUGUCGUCGCGGCGCGCGCACGCGGCGGACGACGUGGUGGAGAGCGGGGCGGGGCCGGUGGAGGUGGUGCGGCGGGGGCUGGAGGACACGUCGCAGUUCCUGCGGUACAAGCCGUCGGGGUACGAGACCAGGGGCGGGGAGUCCGCUGUGCCGGAGCUGUACGAGGGCGAGCCGCUGUCGGUCGACGACUCGACGCUCGGCCCCGGCGCGCGCCCCCCCGUGCUCCGUCAGGUGGCCGAGGUGCGCGCGGGGCUCUUCUUGACGCGGGUGGGGGACGGUAGCAGGGAAGUCAGGGAAGGCCGUCUGCUGCCGGGCAUGCUGCUCGCGCGGCGGUCGCAGGCGCUGCGCGGGCGGCAGCCCUACGCCCUGCACCUGUCCCACGCCGGCCUGGACAGCUGCUGCGGCGUCGAGCUCGAGGAGGACCUGCGCUACCUCACCUACCGGCACAACCGCAUCACGGCGCUCCCGCCGCAGGCCACGGUCGGGCUCCCGCACCUGGCGGUGCUGGACCUGUCGCACAACCGCAUCGAGGCGGUGCCGGGGCUGGCCGAGGUGGCCGCGACGCUCGUCUCGCUGGACCUGUCGCACAACGCCCUCAGCGUGUGGCCGCGGGAGGUGUCGGAGCUGUCGCGGCUCGAGCACCUGGACCUGCGCGCCAACCACCUGACGCAGCUGCCCAACAGCCCCGGGUACGCGACGCCGGGGGAGUGGCUGCCGCCCCUGCCGGCCUCGCUCAUGGUCCUCGACGUCUCGCGGAACCUCCUCGAAGGCCUCCCGAACCUCGCCGGGCUGGCCAACCUGCUGCACCUGCGCGUGGCAAGCAACACCAUCUCCAGCCUGGCGAGGGGCGACCAGGGCGGCCACGCGCUGUGCCUCCCGCCCAACCUGCGAUCCCUCGACGUGGCGCACAACAUGAUCGACGCCUGGGACGGCCUCGGCGCCCUCAAGGCCCUGCGCGGGCUGCAGCACCUCGUCCUGGAGGGCAACCCCGUGCAGAACCUGGCCCUCGACCUGCGGGCGUACCGAACCAAGGUCGCGACGCUCUGCAUGCACGUCGUCCUCGUCGAACGCAAGUCGAAGCGGUCAGGGACGGAGGCGAUCCGGGUCGUGCCGACGCUGGACGGCCUCCUGUUGUCUGUCGAGGAAGUGGAGGUGCUCGAGGACCCGCCCGUGGGCGCGCGGUCCAAGCAGACGGUCGCCGCAGCGCCCUCGGCGGAAGAAGUGGUCGCGCAGGCGUACCGAUCGGCGGUCGCGGCGGCCGAGAGCGCGCACGCGGCGGACAUGGGCGAUGCCGAGAGUUUGAACGGCGCGCCUGCCGCCGAGCGCGAGGCGGGGCAGGCGACGCCCACAGCCGCAACCGACCGAGCGGCGGCAGAGCCGUCGAGGCCCGCGCCGGAGGCCGUGCCGGCACCCGCAACACCAGCGCCGCCCGCGGCGGAUCCGGCGCCGGCGGCGGACGCGCCCGCGGGAUCGCGCUACGAUUCCCGGCCCCCCGCUCGACCGCUCCCCGACGACGCCCCGGCGGACGUCGCCUUCAGGGGCGCUGCGUCGGCCGCGGGGCUGGCGCAGCACCGCAGCAUGAACUCGACGUGGGGCCGCGGGGUGACGACGCCCGGCGCGCCGGUGCAGCAGGCGGCGAAGAACGGGCCGUCCGGCGCCCAGCGGCCGGUGCGCAAGUGGCACAGCACGCUGCGGGACUGGGUGGCGGAGGCGGGCACUGGGCAGCAGCGCAGCGGCACGAUGUUCGGAGGGUCGCGCCCGCAGAGCGGCACGGGCAACGGCCACGCGCGCUACAUCUAG